AACUUCCAGUACUCAUCAUUUGAUAGCGCUACCUAAUGACUCGAAUCAAUUGAGGUAAAUUACAAAAUCAACAAUCAUUAUUUCCCAAAAACGGAUACGAAGCGAUCACACGUCCCGAUAGCCGAAUAAAUUGGUAGAAAGAUUUUAUCACACACAAACAACCAAGUACAGCGAUUGUUGUAUCAUUUUGUUCGGAAUAUUUUACUAGAAACAACGUGGAAAAUGAAAAAAACUAACAGUUUGUGGGGAUUAAAACUUUUCUGUUUCAUCGGGCUGGUUUGGCUUGUAAAUGGGGAGGAAAGAGAGAACCCAUUCACAACGGUGGUGCGCAAGACCCUGAUCAGCACUGCGCGGUCUUGCAUGACCAAAGUAAACGCGACGGAGAAAGAUCUCGAGUAUCUCCGGAAAGACCCGCCCUAUCCCGAGAAGGCUGCUUGCAUCCUCAAGUGCUUGUUGGAAAAGAUAGGCGUGGUGAAGAACAAUAAAUAUUCCAAGAAUGGUUUCAUGGCGGCAGUCACACCCCUCGUGUUUAGAAACAAAAAGAAGAUGGAACACAUGAAAACCGUGUCGGAAAACUGCGACAAAGAGGUAAACCACGUGGAAUCGACGCCGUGCGAGCUUGGCAACGAAAUAACUACAUGCAUUUUCAAAUAUGCGCCCGAGUUGCAUUUGAAAGCUUAAUUUUUGUUAUUUUUCAAGUGACAUUAAAGCGAUUAGCCUGA